AUAUCAACUUAAUUAAAUAUUAUAGUUUAAAUGAUGUCGACCAUGUAUCCAUUUCCAUCACAUGUUUCUGUCCAAAGCUUUGUUACAGUAAAGCUAUGUGAUAAGGGCAUGUAUGAUUUAUGGAAAACACAGAUGCUCUAUCUCUUAAAGAGCCACCAUAUGCUUGGUUUAAUAAAAAACCGUGGUACAGUGGACGAUGAUUGGAAAAGAUCGGACGCGCUUGUUAGCGGUUGGAUUCUUGCUUCCCUCUCUGAACAAGCGGCCAUAAUGGUCUUGAGUCGGCUCAAAUCCAAAUUCCCUCAACAAACAGAUUUCACAGCCAAAGAAACAUGGGAUGAAGUGCAAAUCAUGUAUGGUCAACAUGAAGCAGAGCAAUGUGGAGGUGCAGCAGUCUUCCACCUAGAAAAGAGGAUGGAGGAAGUGGAUGGGAGAUCAAAGAAUAAUCAACAAUUGUACCUUGCAGCCGAGUAUGGUAGAUUAGACACUUUGCGCAUUAUUUUAAAGAAAACAAAAGUUGAAAUCACAGACGCUAUCACCAUAAAUGGCAACACUGCUCUCCACGUAGCAGUAGCCAACAACACCUUUCUAGAAAGCAUGUUGGAGCUGUUACCCUAUAAUAAAGCGCUAAUGGGCGUGCGAAAUUCGGAUGGAAGCACCUUGCUUCAUGUUGCUGCUGCAUAUGGGAAUAUAAACGCUGCUAAGAUUUUGGUGUGUAGAAGUCCUGAGCUGUUGUCUGCAAAGGACAAUGAAGGUUGCACACCACUUGACAUAGUUCUUUCCAACCCUUGGCAUACGGAAACGUGUCUGUUUUUGUGGAAUUCUGCAUUGCCAGACAUAGAACAACUGGAUUCUAGAUUUGAGCAUUUAGUUAAGGCUAUUUCUCACGGAUAUUUUGACUUAGCGAAGAGUUAUAUACAAAGUUACAGUUCGUUGAAGAGUGCUGCUGUGUUGAUGGCUAUAGCUCAAUAUUGUCCAGCUGAUUUCAGUCCCCAUCAAAUCUACUUAUACGAAAUGUGGAGCACACCCAUUUGGCAUUUCGUAAACAGAGAUAGUUUGGCUAUCGACAUGGAUCAUGGCUUUCUCAAGUUAGCAAACCUAGUUCUCAGAGCAGGUUGGCCCAUCUUCUCUCUCCUUCCCUCUUCGGUGCCUCCACCCCCAAAUUCUUCCCCGAUUUCACCCCCACCUUAA